UCUCUCUCUCCGGAAACAAAACGUCGAAAGCUGCCCGGAUUUUACUGAAAUCGCACAAUCUCAGAGGCCAAAACCCUCGCCCCCAAACACCCCACCGCCGGCGAUCUCCUCCUCCUCCUCCUCCGAUGGAUCUCUCAGCCGUCCACGCCGCGCUCUCCGCCAAGUCCUACUCCGCCAUCGCCGGCCUCUGCGACGACCUCCUCCUCCAGGUUGCGUCCCGGGGCGUCGCCACCGACGACUGGCCUUACGCUGUUCAUCUCCUCGCCCAUCUCUACCUCAACGACCAGAACAGCGCGAGGUUUUUGUGGAAAACGGUGCCGCAGGAGGUGAAGGACGCUCAUCCGGAGCUGGGCGCCAUCUGGAAGAUUGGCCAGUGCCUCUGGAACCGUGACUACGCUGGUAUCUAUACUUCCGCACAGGGGUUCGAGUGGGGGCCUGAAAUCGCGGAUUUUGUGUCCGCCUUCCUAGAAAGCUACAGAAAGAGGAUAUUUGAGCUGUUGACUUCUGCAUAUACCACAAUCAGCAUUGCAGAUGUGGCUCACUUCAUGGGGAUGAGCGAGGAGGAUGCUACUAACUAUGCCGUGCAAAACGGUUGGAGUCUGGAUGUGGCAACCAAGAUGCUUACUGUCAGAAAACAGAAGCCCCAGACGAACCAGAAGCUUGAUCCGAACAAACUACAGCGUUUGACUGAAUGUGUUUUCCACCUGGAGCACUGAUGCCCUCGGUUCCUGGCAGCCCCUCGUGUUUUUCUGCUUUUAAGGCACCUAUUAAUCGUACAUGGUGGUAGCUUAAUACUGUGUGGCUAGAUUGUGUUUUGGCUGGAACGGAGAGAUCGCUCUGUACUGAAUAUGCGUCUUCUGGUUGAGCGAGCUUGCCAUUUCUGUCU